AUGCUUCGCCGCGCAAAUCGCCCGGCGUCCGAUGCCGGAGGUGGUCCGUUUUCUCGGGUGGAACGGGGACUGGGCUCCAACGAAAACACCAUCGGAUGCCACAGCCCCGGCCACGCAGCUUUUGCUCGGAAACACCGCGGCGCCUUCUCCCCGAAGUCCACACGAGCGCCGCAGAACAUGGCGCUCCGCCUCGCGGUCCUGCUGUCUCUUUCCGCCUGGCAAGGAGCUGUGGCUUGUAAUUGUGCCUGGACCAAUAACGGCCAGUACUGCGGUGGAAGUGAUGGCAGCUAUUGCUGGCACGAAUGCUGUCCUAACUCCUGCGAUGGAGGUGGCUGGACCGUGGCGUACUCCGCCAACCACUGCCAGCGUCAUGGCAAUGUACGACAGAUCUCUUGCACGGGUCCCAAGUCCGACCUUUGUGGCACUCGACUGAGCUCUUCCAACUUCGUGGGUCGUGGGUACCAUUCCAUCCGCAUCAAGGCGGCAGCGGGUCCAGGAGUGGUCUCCACCUUUUAUCUCUCCAACAAUGGGGGCCUUUACGACAAGACAAAAACACAUCCGUGGGUGGAGCUCGACUUUGAGAUCAUGGGCAACAUGGCAGGAGGGCAUUCGCGGAUCUGGACGAACAUGUUCACCGACAUCGCCGUGGAGCACAACGAUUGGAUUACGGUGCCCUUCGACGUCUCGGCGGAUGUACAUGAGUAUGGGUUUGAGCUCUCUGACAACUCCAUCGCCUUCAAGGUGGAUGGCGUGGCCUAUCGCACCGUGGACAUCCGGAACCACCAGGACGUCAAGAACGCCAUUUGGACUUCAAGUUUGCAAAAGUUCAUCUCAGUCUGGGGGAAGUCCGCCUCAGAUCCCGGCGAGGGCAUCAUGGAGUUCCGGAAUGCCAUGGGUCUGCUGAACGGGAAUCACUUCCCCGCGGUGGCUGACUACAUCCUAUGA